CUGGCAUCCUCCUCUUGUUGGUGGUUCGCGAAACAUUACCGAAGAGGAAAGUUUACAACCGCAAAGAUGUUCAAGGAGUUCUUGGUGUUGGCCAUCUCGGCCUUGUGCCUGACUCAGGCAUUUACUGAAACCCACACUGCUGACAUGGAGUUCCUCCACAAGCAGAAGAAGAUCUACGACUUGUUCUUCUACGUUGAUCAGUACAAACUUGAGGGAAGCGAAUGGUACGAGGUUGGCAAAAGCUAUGACAUCUCAGCUAACAUGGAAAUGUACAAUGACAAAAUGGUUGUACGUGAAUUCUUGUACAGAUUCAAGUUGGGUUUCCUUCGCCGUGGAGCCCUCUUCUCUGUAUUCUAUGAAGAACACCGUGAAGAACUUCGUAUCUUGUUCAAACUUUUCUACACUGCCAAGGACUUUUCCACCUUCUACAAGACUGCCUGUUGGUGUCGUCAUUACAUGAACCAGGGAAUGUUCAUCACUGCUCUUUCCACCGCUGUGAUGUACCGCCCUGACUGUAAAUACAUCGUAUUGCCACCAAUGUACGAAGUCUACCCACAUCUCUUCUUCGACAAUGAAGUUAUCCAAGAAGCUCACAAAUACAUGAUGUCUCAUGGAUACAAGCAAUUCUCUGGAGAACACGGAUAUGACACCUACGUCAUUGACUACAACUCUACCGCUUCAUUCAUGAAGUACUUCAUGGACCCAGAAUACAAACUCUACUACUUCACCGAAGAUGUUGGUCUUAACAACUACUACUACUACAUCCGCAGCUUGUUCCCAUUCUGGAUCACCAUCAAGGACCUCGAAUUACCAAAACACAUCCGUGGAGAACUUUACUACUAUGUCCACCAACAGUUGAUGGCUCGUUACUACUUGGAACGUCUCAGCAACGGUUUUGGAGAGAUCGAAGACUUCAGUUUCUACAAAUCCUUCGCCCCUGGCUACUACUCCUCUUUGGUCUAUGGCAAUGGUGUUUCUGUUCCAAGCCGUGAACCAUACUCAUUCGUACCUUACUACAAAUACAAAUACGUCAAGGAAGCCGAGAACAUUGAAAGCCGCAUCUUGGCUGCCAUUGACAGUGGAUACGUCUAUGACUACGAAGGAAAGAAAUACGAACUCUACUCUCCUGAAGGGAUUGAACUACUUGGAAACAUCAUUGAAGGUAACUACGACUCCUGCAACCCACGAUUCUACGGUGCCAUCGACGCUCUCUACAGAGACAUCUUCGGCUUUAACUAUGACUGCAAGAGCAAACACUGCUUUGUCCCAAGUGCCCUUCAAUUCUACUCCACCAGUCUUCGUGACCCAGCCUUCUACUACUUGUACAAGAGAAUCAUCGGCUACUUCUACAGAUACAAAUGCAACUUGCCAUCAUACAGUCACAGCGAAUUGGAAUUCCCAGGUGUUUACAUCGAAGAUGUUAAGGUUGAAAAACUCUACACCUUCAUGGAACCAUACGACUACUUCAUCAACAACGCUGUCACUGUUGAUAGCUACAAGAGUGGAAUGAACUUCGACAUCAAGGUCAAGAAAUACCGUCUUAACUACAAACCAUUCACCUACUAUUUCAACAUUAAGAGCGACAAAGCAACCAAGGGUAUGGUGCGCAUCUUCUUGGGGCCAUCUUACGAUGACUACUACUUCAAGGAACCCAACUACUUCUAUUACAACUGGUACGAAUUCGUUGAACUCGACAAAUUCUCCGUCGACUUGAAACCUGGAAUGAACACCAUUGAGCGUCUCAGCACUGACUCUUACUACACCGCCAAAGACUUCGUCGGAAGUGACUACUUCUACAAGAAACUCCUUAAAUCCAUUGGUGGAAGUGAACCAUUCACCUACUCUGGUAAAUACUACGGAUUCCCCAACAACUUAUACCUUCCUAAAGGUAAAGCUGGUGGUAUGCCAUACAAACUCUUCGUCUUCGUCUAUCCAUUUGAGGAAAGCAAGAUGACCACCUUCGACUUCCCACUCUUCGGCAAGAUGUUCUACGAUGGCAAACCAUUCGGUUUCCCAUUAGACAGACCCAUGUACCCAUGGUACUACGAUCUCAGCAACAUGUACUUCAAGGAUGUAUAUAUCUAUCACAACGAUGAUUAUUAUGGUGAUUAUUACCAACACGAGUACUCUUACAAACCUGCCUACAAAGAGUUCUCCUACAAAGACUACAAAAACUACAAAGACUACCCUUAUGAAAAAUCUGCUCCAUUCGAACACAAAUACGAACACAAAUAUGAGCCCAAAUACGAACACAAGUAUGAAGGUGGUGAGAAACCAUACUACUUCAACAGCCACAAAUCCCACAUGUACUAAAGUUUAAGACAUGAUGUUUCUAGGGGUAUUUGACCAGUAAUUUGAUACUUAAGUUUAUGCUUAGUAUGCUGAACUUUUGUAAUAUUUUUGUAAAUCAACUUUGAAUAAUAAAAAAAUUUCUUUGGACUAUA